AUGGCGGGUGUGAAAAGAUACAGAGAUGGGCCAAAGCCGCAGGGCAGGACAGAUGUGGACUCGCCUUACAUACCCAUGUUUGAGAAUUUCCGUGCAGAGCUUGACGAGCACCAUGAUAGGCGGGAAAAGAUCAUCAAAGCCUCCAGAGACAUUACGGCUUCUAGCAAGAAGAUUAUCUUCGCUCUGCAGCGAAUACGCAACUUGGGUGAGAAGAUUCCAACACCAAUCAUCAAAAGCAAAGAGUAUUCACAGCAUACAUCUACCAUUCAUGAACGGUUCGUGUCGGUUGCGCCUGACCUGAAAGGGAUCAAUGCAUAUCGAUACCAGCGUCAGAUAUCGCCUGGCAUCCAAGAGUUUAUGGAAGCUGUCCUUUUCCGGCAUUAUCUCGAAACCCAAAGCAUUCUGUCGCCGUCAGAGGCUGCGAAGCUUAUAUCCGAGAACAUUCUUCUCCCAGAGGAUGACUACGUUCUGGGCCUCUUCGACAUGACUGGUGAGCUGAUGAAGUAUGCGAUAACGCAGAUGGCCACAAAUGGAGAGUUACCAGCUUCUAGAACAGGUGGGGGAGGCAACAUUCUGACUGGGCUGCAAGAUCUGAGAACGAACUUGGAGGCACUCGAUGUAAGCGGCAGUUAUGGUGUGGGUAGAAACAUUGAGCAGAAGAUGAGUACCACCAGAACGUCUGUAGAGAAGGUGGAGAAUGCAGUGUACUCAAUGACUGUUCGAGGCAAGGAGCGUCCUAAAGGCUGGAAUCCAGGGAUGGAUACUUCGAGACCCGUAGGGGAGGUGGAAGGCUAG